AUGCUUAGGUUAGACAGCGGACAAGUCGAUGGUUCACUGAUAUUCCAACUUGUCUUGCAACAAUCAUCGUCAUGCACAGUUGACAAUACUUGUGACGUUCCAGCAGACGUCAUUGAGGCGGUGAAGGCUUUUCGAUUUAGAAAGUCCAAGACGAACGCGGCGCUCAUUCUGAAGAUUGAUGUACCUCAUCUGAAGGUUGUUAUUGAUGAACUUUUGGAAGACUCCUCAAUUGAGGACAUAUCGGAUGCCCUUCCCGAUACAACUCCAAGGUUUCUAGUGAUGAGCUUUGAACUCCGACACAAGGAUGGCCGGGUUUCAUAUCCUCUGUUUGGUGUUUAUUAUAACCCGGCUGCGGCGAGCACAGCAAAUCGGAUGUUGUAUGCUAGCACCAAAAAUUAUCUCUAUCAGCAAACGGAUAUUUCCGGCAAGGUCUUUGAUCUCACAGAUUCGGAGGAUCUCACAGAAGAAUGGCUUGUCGAACAAUUAGAGAAUUCAAAAACAAGACCCUAG